AAAAUUAAAAGAAUACUGUACGAUAUUCCAGCAAGUGGCUCUUUUACAAAUAUUUAUAACAUCAACUUCACACAUAAUUAUUUGGUUUGUUGCUGCGAUGAGUUUUCGCGAACAUGAUUUAGGAGAUUCAUCAUUUAUAUUAAAAUUAGUUGCAGUACAUCCUCUUAUUAGUUUUCAACUAUUCCUGACGUGUUUUGUAUUUGGAUCUAUAAUCGAAAAAAAAGAUUCGAUCAUAUUUGCAUUAUAUAGUAGUAAUUGGACUGAAAUGGAUAUAAAAUGUAAAAAGUUGAUUUUAUUGGCCAUGGAAAUUAAUAGUGCCAGUCGUGUAAAACUGCAGAUUACAAACACUAAAAUUGUCAAUCUGGAAAUGUUCACACAGAAUAAUUUGAAUGUGUAA